CAACUCUGCUCCCCGCGCAUUCGGCUGUCCAGGCGCUCGGGAAGCCUAAGCUGCGCUUCUCCGCGGGACCGACUUCCCGCGAUGCCCGCUUAGAAACGUGAAGCAGCGGCCAGCAUCGCCAGACCUGUGGUACCGCGCUCCCGGCCCAGAGUAGGGCCAGAGCCGGGCACUCCUGCCCCAGCCCCCACCCCGCCCCCAGCCCUGAAAUGACUUGUUAAUCGGCGACACCGAAGGGACUCACCGGAGUGGAAUCCAAGUGGCAUUUGGAUUUGGAGAAGAGUUUCUUGAACAUUUACCCCUUUCUUGUGUGGGGGGGUGAUUGUUCGUUUUGGGGUUUUUUGGUCUUUUUGUUUUUGCUUCUUUCCUCUCUUCUCCCCUGUCAUUGGAGAUGUACACAGCGCGCUUGCAUCCCAGAAAGUAGUCGCCGCGACUGUUGCCCCCAAAGAGGCAAGUACACAUGUAGGAAUGACAAAGGCUUGCGAAGGAGAGAGCGCAGCUCGCAGCCCGGAGAGAUCCCCCUCGAUAAUGGAUUACUAAAUGGGAGACACGCUGCACCAGUCCGUUCCAAGCCCCGGCCGCCUUCCCGUCGAUUCACCGAAAAGGGUGAAGUAGAGAAGUCAAGUCUCCCCGCUGAACUACUAUGAGGUCAGAAGCCUUGCUGCUAUAUUUCACACUGCUACACUUUGCUGGGGCUGGUUUCCCAGAAGAUUCUGAGCCAAUCAGUAUUUCGCAUGGCAACUAUACAAAACAGUAUCCGGUGUUUGUGGGCCACAAGCCAGGACGGAACACCACACAGAGGCACAGACUGGACAUCCAGAUGAUUAUGAUCAUGAAUAGAACCCUCUACGUUGCUGCUCGGGACCAUAUUUAUGCUGUUGAUAUAGACACAUCACACACAGAAGAAAUUUAUUGUAGCAGAAAACUGACAUGGAAAUCUAGACAGGCUGAUGUAGACACAUGCAGAAUGAAGGGAAAACAUAAGGAUGAGUGUCACAACUUUAUUAAAGUUCUUCUAAAGAAAAAUGAUGAUACGUUGUUUGUCUGUGGAACUAAUGCCUUCAACCCUUCCUGCAGAAACUAUAAGAUGGAUACUUUGGAUCCUUUUGGGGAUGAAUUUAGUGGAAUGGCCAGAUGCCCUUAUGAUGCCAAACAUGCCAACGUUGCACUGUUUGCAGAUGGGAAGCUGUAUUCAGCCACAGUGACUGACUUUCUCGCCAUUGAUGCAGUCAUUUAUCGGAGUCUUGGAGACAGCCCAACCCUGCGGACCGUCAAGCACGAUUCAAAAUGGUUGAAAGAGCCAUAUUUUGUCCAAGCAGUGGAUUAUGGAGACUACAUCUACUUCUUCUUUAGGGAAAUAGCGGUGGAGUACAACACCAUGGGAAAGGUAGUUUUCCCAAGGGUGGCUCAGGUGUGCAAGAAUGACAUGGGAGGAUCUCAAAGAGUCCUGGAGAAACAGUGGACAUCUUUUCUAAAGGCUCGCCUGAACUGCUCAGUUCCUGGAGACUCUCAUUUUUAUUUCAACAUCCUCCAUGCAGUUACAGAUGUGAUUCGCAUUAAUGGCCGUGAUGUUGUCCUGGCAACCUUUUCCACACCUUAUAACAGCAUCCCUGGGUCUGCAGUCUGUGCCUAUGACAUGCUUGACAUUGCCAAUGUGUUUACUGGGAGAUUCAAAGAGCAGAAGUCUCCGGAUUCCACGUGGACACCAGUUCCUGACGAACGAGUGCCUAAGCCCAGGCCAGGGUGCUGUGCUGGCUCAUCCUCCUUAGAAAAAUAUGCAACUUCCAAUGAGUUUCCUGAUGAUACCCUCAACUUCAUCAAGACGCACCCGCUCAUGGAUGAGGCAGUGCCUUCCAUUAUCAAUAGGCCGUGGUUCUUGAGGACGAUGGUCAGAUACCGCCUGACCAAAAUUGCAGUGGACACCGCUGCUGGGCCCUAUCAGAAUCACACUGUGGUUUUCCUGGGAUCAGAGAAGGGAAUCGUCUUGAAGUUCCUGGCCAGGAUAGGAAAUAGUGGUUUCCUAAAUGACAGCCUUUUCCUGGAGGAGAUGAGUGUUUAUAACCCGGAAAAGUGCAGCUAUGAUGGAGUGGAGGACAAGAGGAUUAUGGGCAUGCAGCUGGACAAAGCAAGUAGCUCUCUGUAUGUUGCAUUCUCCACCUGUGUGAUCAAGGUUCCCCUUGGCCGGUGUGAACGUCAUGGGAAGUGUAAAAAAACCUGCAUCGCCUCCAGAGACCCAUAUUGUGGGUGGGUAAAGGAAGGAGGUUCCUGUACCCAUCUGUCACCCAGCAGCAGACUGACUUUUGAACAGGACAUUGAACGUGGCAAUACAGAUGGUCUGGGGGACUGUCAUAAUUCCUUCGUGGCACUGAAUGGGCACUCCAGUUCCCUCUUGCCCAGCACCACCACGUCAGACUCCACGGCUCAAGAGGGGUAUGAGUCUAGGGGAGGAAUGCUGGACUGGAAGGAUCUGCUCGAUUCACCUGACAGCACAGACCCAUUGGGGGCAGUGUCUUCCCAUAAUCACCAAGACAAGAAGGGAGUGAUUCGGGAAAGUUACCUCAAAGGCCAUGACCAGCUGGUUCCUGUCACCCUCUUGGCCAUUGCAGUCAUUCUGGCUUUUGUCAUGGGGGCCGUCUUCUCGGGCAUCAUCGUGUAUUGCGUCUGUGAUCACCGGCGCAAAGACGUGACAGUGGUGCAGCGUAAGGAGAAGGAGCUCACCCACUCUCGCCGGGGCUCCAUGAGCAGUGUGACCAAGCUCAGCGGCCUCUUUGGGGACACUCAGUCCAAAGACCCAAAGCCAGAGGCCAUCCUCACACCACUCAUGCACAAUGGUAAGCUCGCUACUCCCAGCAACACAGCCAAGGUGCUCAUUAAGGCUGACCAACACCACCUGGACCUGGCAGCCUUGCCCACCCCAGAGUCCACCCCAACACUGCAGCAGAAGCGAAAGCCCAGCCGUGGUAGCCGUGAGUGGGAAAGGAACCAGAACCUCAUCAAUGCCUGCACGAAGGACAUGCCCCCCAUGGCCUCCCCUGUGAUCCCCACGGACCUGCCCCUCCGGGCUUCCCCAAGUCACAUCCCCAGUGUGGUGGUCCUGCCCAUCACGCAGCAGAGCUACCAGCAUGAGUACGUGGACCAGCCCAAAAUGAGCGAGGUGGCCCAGAUGGUGCUGGAGGACCAGGCUGCCACCUUGGAGUAUAAGACCAUCAAGGAGCAUCUCAGCAGCAAGAGUCCCAACCAUGGGGUGAACCUCGUGGAGAACCUGGACAACCUUCCCCCCAAAGUCCCACAGCGGGAAGCCUCCCUGGGCCCUCCAGGAUCCUCCCUGUCUCAGAAUGGCCUGAGCAAGCGGCUGGAAAUGCACCACUCCUCUUCCUAUGGGGUUGACUAUAAGAGGAGCUACCCCACGAACUCACUCACAAGAAGCCACCAGGCCACCACUCUCAAAAGAAACAAUACUAACUCCUCCAAUUCCUCCCACCUCUCCAGAAACCAGAGCUUUGGCAGGGGAGACAACCCGCCGCCCGCCCCACAGAGGGUGGACUCUAUCCAGGUGCACAGCUCCCAGCCAUCGGGCCAGGCCGUGACUGUUUCGAGGCAGCCCAGCCUCAAUGCCUACAACUCACUGACGCGGUCAGGGCUGAAGCGCACUCCCUCGCUAAAGCCGGACGUACCUCCCAAACCUUCCUUUGCUCCCCUUUCCACAUCCAUGAAGCCCAAUGAUGCGUGUACAUAAUCCCAGGGGGAGGGGGUCAGGUGUCGAACCAGCAGGAAAGGCGAGGCGCCCGCUCAGCUCCCCAAGGUUCUCAACUGCCUCAGAGUACCCACCAGACCAAGAUGGCCCACGGCAAAGCUGAGGAUUCUGGGUCCUCCUCUCUGGGACAUAGGGAUACUCUCAAAAAAUGGGCCAUGUGGUUUGGUGAAGGUUUGCAACUGCAGGACUCACCUCCAUUCUCUUCCUUCACUCUCCCUCACACCCUACAACAGGUUGGACUCACAAAAGACUUAAAUUAUCAUCACAAACAUGAGCCAAAAGCACAUACUCACCCAUGCACAUACACACACCACACUUACACACAAAACACACACACACAGAGGUGAACAGCAACUACAUUUUGUCCAUGACUGCAUGGGACGUUGCCAAACUGGGCUAGCGUUCCAACCUGCAAAAUACAGAUAUGUUUUAAAAAAUUUGUGAAAAUUAAAAAGACAAAAAAAUAAUCAUUGAUAAUUCUAACUCAGACUUUAACAAUGGCAGAAGUUUACUAUGCGCAGAUACUGUGAAAUGGCCACGAGUGUUACAGCUUUCUGUUAUAGCAGAUGAAUGCCAUGUUGGGCAACUAUGUCAUAGAUUUCUGCUCCUCCUCUCUUUUAAUGAAUAACGUGACCGUUAACGCAAGUAACUCUUAUUUAUUGUUCACCCUUUUUUCCUUAAGGAAAGGACUCUUCCACAUAUCAUCCUAUGAACAGCUCUUCAGAAAGCCCAUUGAAAGUUAAACUAUUUAACGUGAAAUCCAUUAACUGGAAUAAUUGAGUUUAUUUUUACAAUAAAUUCACUGAGUAAAUAAGUUGGAGCUGGAAUUCUGAGCUUUGUGUUUGGACUCUCUGACCUCUAGCUAAAGGAAAGAGUUAAGAGGGGGAUGUUUAUUCAAAUCUAUCAGUUAACUUGCAGGACAGGUCUCUGGCCUAUAACAUGCAAAAAAUUAAUUUGCUUAAAAGUCCUUCCAGAUCCUAACUUCUAAAGCAACCAGGAGAGAAACUUUUGGAACGGCACAUCCUCCGUGUCCCAUUGCUGACAACAUGGCUUUGUCAGUGGUUACUACUUUCUGUGAAGGCACCAGCUUGUGAUCCGCCAUCUCAUUUCACCUUGCAUGUGAGACAGCAGACAAAAUCCGCAAACGGUGUGAACUAAUUAAUAUGCCGGCUGCUACCCUGCAUAAGCUAAUGGUUUGAUCACACGGGUUUUUUGUGGGGUUACAUCUGUGAAUAGCCUGUUUUCCACAUGUAAAUUUGUGCCUUACACCCUGAGUUGUGUACACUUGUAAGCUGUCAAUAUGAUAAACUUUUGCCCCUUUCGAAAGAAAUGCAGAUAUUUAUUUUAACCCUUCCUCCCCCACCUCCACUCCAGCCCUCUGGGAGAUUGGAGUCAAGUAGAUGGAAGAAAAAUGCAGUGGUGAACGUCACAAUCCCAUAGCCCAGGAAAGCUGGGGACACCACACCCUCUAAUUCACACUUCCUUCUAGUCGUGCCAACUCAAACCACCCUUCAGCCAUGCUGCUGCCAAGCAUGGACCCCAGUGUUGUGGGUGGCAAGCCCCUUUCUUCCUCCAGAGCUCCCUGUGUCCCUUGUAUUCUCAAAUCAUUUCAAUAGGGUGAUAUCCUCAUUAGCCAGCAGGAAAAGGACUAAUACUCCAGCCUUCAUU